AUGGUGCAGGGAGAGAAUGGCGAAACCUCCUCCAAGAAGCUUCAUCCAUUCUUCACCAAAGCCGACAUCGACCAGCAUGCCGUGCCGCCGCCGUUACCUCUAGAUCCCGCCCAGCCGACACCCGACGAUGCGCCUCCAGGUACCGCCGAAGGUCCCAAACGAAAGCGGCAAAAGACAGACACCUCUCUGAUCCUCAAGUUCAACCCGAAAACGGGGACCUUGGGCUCGCCUCCGAAGCCAAAAGCAAUAAGCAAGCCAAGUCGCAUGGUCACGAUCAAGUAUGGACGGGACGAUGAACACCGAAAGGACAUGGGCAACAAGAUUGAGGAAAUACUCGAAGGGAAGCUGCAGCUCUCACUGGUGCCCAGCAAACGCAAGAUUAUCGCGCCCAAGCAAGGACAAGCGGAAGUGGCAUCUGAAAAAGCCAAAAGCACACACCCAUUCUUCAUGGGCAAAUCGAAACCACAUUCUGACGCCAGUACACCAGGCGAGUCAGUCAAGAAGCCCUCAAGCCACAAAACCAGCGUCUUCAAGUCCACGCCGGUGUCGCCAAGGAAACCCAGGAAUCCGUUCCCUUCCGGAAAAGGCAUCCAGUUUGGCAUCAAAUCAGGCGGUACAAAGGUUCCUGGUGCCAAACACCCAUUAUGGCCGCCUUACGGGAUGGCUCAUGUACGGGGUGAUGACUUCUCAAGUACAAGGGCUGUCGGUCACGAUUCUGGGAUACGGCACAGGAGGUCAAAGAGGGCCGCUGUUGCUAUUGCCCCGCAAGAGUCCGUAUUACGGCAUCUUGUACGUGAUUUAGACGUUCCAGGAAUCCGGCAGAGUCUACCUAGAGACAACAACAGCUUCUUACCAGCCCCCCCUGAAUUACGCGUUCCUCAAAGGCACUUCGAGAGUGGACGAAAGCUCCAAAAGCGAAUCCGUUCACAAUUACGGAGUCACCUUACCGAUUAUUCCGCAUAUUACGAGGGGGAUGUUGAUGAGCUCGCGAAUCAGCAGUCUUCCAAGGUUCAUCCUGCCAUCAGCUGUCUCUACAAAGCCCUGGAAGCCCAACUCUCAGCCUUUGACAGAUCACAGUGCGAAGGUAGCUCUUGGGUUCAGAAGUACGCUCCAGUGACGGCCGCCCAAGUCUUGCAGCCAGGAAAGGAGGCACUGCUUCUCAGCGACUGGCUACAGGCUCUUAGGGUGCAGUCUGUAGAAUCUGGGAGCUCAGAAGGCGACAAGGAGAAAGGCAAGCCGAAGAAGAAGAGAAAGAAGAACAAGCUGGACGGUUUUGUCAUCGAUAGCGAAGAGGAGGACGCUGAAAUGGACGAGAUUUCCGACAGCGAUGGGGACUGGGCUUCUUUACCCGGCUCGAAGCUGAUCAAGAAAUCCGUGAUGCGCAGUAUCAAUCCGAGUAAAGGCAGCCGUCUCACGAAUGCCAUCAUAUUAAGCGGACCCCACGGUAGCGGCAAGACAGCAGCGGUCUACGCGGUAGCAAAGGAGCUGGACUUUGAGAUUUUUGAGAUCAAUCCUGGCAGUCGAAGGAGCGGGAAAGAUAUUCUGGAGAAAGUUGGCGAUAUGACACGAAAUCAUUUAGUGCAGCACAACCGAGGCGCCGCUGACCCCACCGCCAUCGAUCCAGAAGAGGUGGCCAGCGAGAUCAACUCCGGCAAGCAGGGCAUGAUGACUUCUUUCUUCCAGCCAAAGCCCAAAUUACAACCAGCGAAGCCUCAACGAGCGAAGCAGUCCAAAGAGAAGGAGAGCGUGGAGAAAGAGGCAAAGGCGCCGCCUAAGAGUCAAAAGCAGUCUCUGAUUCUCCUCGAAGAAGUCGAUGUACUUUUCGAAGAAGACAAGCAGUUUUGGGCAACCCUUACAAGCCUCAUCGCACAGUCCAAACGACCAUUCAUCAUGACUUGCAACGACGAGAGCUUGUUACCCAUCCAGAGCUUGAAUCUGCAUGGCAUCUUUCGGUUUUCAGCCGCCCCUUUGAGCACUGCCGUGGAUCUCUGUCUCCUUAUUGCUGCCAACGAAGGCCAUGCUCUUCAGCGAUCCGCUGUCGAAGCUCUGUAUAAUUCUCGCGAUCGCGAUUUGAGAGCAACAAUAACCGAGCUCAACUACUGGUGUCAAAUUGGCGUUGGCGAUCGUAAAGGAGGAUAUGACUGGUUCUACCUUCGCUGGCCCAAGGGUUCUGACCUGGACGAGAAUGGUGAUGUGGUACGAGUCAUCAGUCAAGAUGCCUAUCAAAAGGGCAUGGGAUGGUUUAAUCGGGAUCCUAUCGUCGCCACGAGCGGACUUGACGCCGAACAGGAGGCUAUUGAGCAAGUAUGGGACUUUUGGAGCUUCGACAUGGGAGACUGGUGCAACGGCAGUAGUAUGAAUGCAUGGGCCGCGAAGACCGCGACAAGUCUUGGGACACUGGAGGCUUACGAUGACUUUUGCACUGCUAUGAGCUCUGCGGAUAUCUGCUCAGGGGGCGCCUACGGGGUGAAGUUGCAGGAGGUUAUGGACCCGACAAUCCCCGACCUCGCAACCCACAUCAGAGAGGACUUUAUCCUGGGGCAGGCACUUCUGGAUGCCGAUGUCAUGGUCCAUCACGCUGCGCCAAAUAAGGCCAUUUCGACGUGCAUUAAGUCUCUGGCUCGGGCUACUGUGCUCAACUCAUCAACAGAGCCACAUGACGCAGCACGAGAGUCAGCGAAGGCCUCUGCUCUACGACCUAUAGAUGAAGGGCAGACUGUUUCGAUUCUCGACUCAUUCUUUCGGUCUUGUCCUCACCAGAUGACCAGGAUGGACAUUGCCAUCGCCUUCGACCCCAUCGCCGUUCCCCCCAAGGUCGCUCCAACAACAUACCUAGACCCCUCUGUCUUCGACCGCACCAUGAACCUUAUCGUCCUUGACGUGGCGCCCUGGGUCCGCGGCAUCGUAGCAUACGAGCACCAGCUCAUGCUACGCCGCCUAAAACUUAGCAACCUCAUGAGCGAAGGCGGCAAGCGGAAGCGAAUGCGCACUACACGAAGCGCAUACUCGGCACUCGAAGGCGGCGAGAGGAGAACGACGAGGCGGGAGAGACACUUUGGUGAGUGUCUUUCUACGCACAACGUUUUGCGAACGGGAGGCGAUAGGUGGACGGAUUUGGUGACGGAGGAGAUGGCGAAGUCGGAGAUGGGAGAUGAGAGUACUGCGGCGAGCAGUCCUGCGUCUGACGAUAUCGCGUUGCCUUGA